AUGGAACAUUCUUCACGAGCCCCCUCACGACCGGCGUUGAACGAGGACGAACUCCCUGCGUAUUACCAUGAGCUGGAGGAUGAUGACAUUCUCACUUCAUUUAAGGAUUUCGACAAACAGGAAAAUUUUGAGGCUAUGGACAGACAGACACGGAAUCCUCGAAGCAGCAAUUUCUGCAUGGACUUUGGCGACGACGAAGCGUACUGUGCUUUUGACCUCGGUGCCCAUUCUUUCUCUCAACUGCUGUCAUCGCCGAGACCGUCAAAUUUGAAUGCGCGAUGGAUCAACAUAUGGCUCCCGUACAACCAGAAGGAUACGCUACACGCUUUGGCUAGACAUUACGACUUCUCCCCUCGACUUUUGCAUUUGAUGUGCGAUGAUCCUCCACCACCAAAAGAUGGACAUGCUCGGAUGAAAGAAAGCUCGGCCACUUUCGACUCCAAGGGAUCUAGGCGCUCACAUAGAUCAAGAAAGAGCCAAAGAUCGGAUGAAACGAAUCUUGAUUCUGAAGAAAGUAUCGGCAUGACAGAUCUAAUGCAUUCAACGCAGUUGGAAAUGGUGAGGGAUAUGGGUCACUAUCGCAUAGUUGAUGAGAUCUGGCACUGGUCGACAGUAGAUUGGGGCAGACGGUUUGUCUGCCUUGGAUACAACUCACUCCACAACGUACGCUCCAGCAAACGUGAGGAUCACGACGAUGAGUCAGAUAGAUUGCGUGAUGUCCCUCAUGGAAAACGCAUCUGGAACUGGCUCCUUCUCACCGAGGAUCGAACAGUAAUAUCCAUCUCGGAAGACCCGUUUCCCUUCAGUGACGGCAAUCUACGGGCACACGAACUCAGAACACUUUAUACGACGCGUCGCAACCUAGUCAACGUCUUCCGACAGCUCACCAAAGCCCCGACGCCAUUACGAGAUGCUUCUCUUCUGAUGCUUCCACUAAGACACCGGAUCGGGGACUCGGAGGAAGAGUCGGCCCACCGCGCCACGGACGCCCCAGGACUACUCUUCUACUACCUAUUUGAAGACUGGUACACCACCUACGACCUCGUUUCGCGGCGUGAGCACGGUUAUGCGCAUGAAUUGGACCGUUUACGCCGCGAGAUGUUGGUACGUGCAAACCUCCAACACGUUGAUCAACUGCAUCACAUCGGGUGCCAGCUCGCCGUACUUAAACGCGUCUACCUCAGCUACGAAAAAAUCAUCGAACGCGUCCUCAAGAAACAAGAAGCCACACUCGCAUCGCUCAAAAACUCCCGCAUCGUCCCCGGAGUGGAAUCGCUCGAUAACUCGAUUCCAUAUGCAUAUUCGCCGCCCGGCGGGCCGCAGAUUCCUGAAGCUGAUAGUCUACUUGGAGUGAGUUUGAGUUCGGCCGCGCGUGCGCGAUUUGAACGCCUCAAGGACCGGUACAUGCUCUACGCACUCAGCGAGAUCCAAGAAUGCAUUGAUCAAAAGGAUUCUUUGGUUAUGAUGAACUUCAAUCUCAUCGCGAUCAAGGAAUCAUUCAGUGUGGAACGCCUCACGCGCGUUACGCUUCUCCUGGCCAAGGUUACGAUCGUUUUUAUGCCGGUGACUCUGAUGACCGGAUAUUUCAGCUGUCAAUUUGAGGGCAUGGAGUUUACACAUCCGAGCUACUGGUACUCUUUUGCGGGAGUAUUGGCGGUCAGUCUGUUUUUCACGUUCAUUUUCAGUAUUGCGAGUGGGACGUUUGAGGGAAAGAUUGUGACGAGGACAUGGAGUCGGAUAUUAUAUGACGGCAGCAGGAAAUGGCUUCAGCAUAGGCGAAAGCGAUCUGGAGCCGACUGA